GUGGUAAAAUAUAUACAACCAGCUCCUGGGGAACUGGUUUUUUAGCUGCUGCUCAGCAGCCUUGUGGUUUGGAAAAGGAGGGGUUUGGUUUUUAUGCUUGACAGUGAUUUCCUACAUGUUAAAUCUUUGUGGUUGCAUCUCACUUAAUGCCAUAACUCUUAACACUGCAGGAAUUUUGAGAGGGAAAAAGACUACAGCUGGAGACUUGGUAAUAACAGUUCAUAUUAAAUGUUCCUAAAAGACCAGCUGGGAAAAAACAGCACUUCUUAAUAUGUAACAAGGCUUCUGAAAAAAGUUCUGAUGGUUUAAUAUUUCUUUUCUCGAUUAACACUUUUCCUUGCAAUAAUCCAUUUUGUGGUGAGAGAAAUGGGAAGUUAAUUCUCAGCCGCAGAGCUUGCAGUUGGUAGCAUCCAUGUGGAUUUGUGUAUCAUGUUACAUUAAAAUAGUAAGUCAAAGUCUUGAUUCAGAUUACACAAAAUGUGGGAAUAAACAUAUCCAGUUCCAUUUACAAAACUGAACCAGAUUUUUGAGGGGUCAAUAGCAGUGACAGCUGUCCCAGGAGUGCUGGAGACAUCCUUUGAAGUUUUACAAGAUGAUUAGGAGGUGUUUUGCAUCACUUCAUGGGCCUCUUCUGUGGGUAUUUGUUACAUUCCAGGUUGUCUGUUAAAUAGGGAAAAACUGCUGCUCUCAGUGGCAUGUGGAAUUUAGAGAUGAACUGCAUUUACAUAGCUAAUUAAAAGCCAUCUGCCAUACCUUUUUUCUUCCCUCAGGAAAAUCCUCAUAACACCAAGAAGCUAAUUCAUUAUGAUGUUUUGAGGUAGUUCCAUCCCUUUAUGAUCAACACUCUCGGUCAUCACUGCCCUUCCAGCAGAGCAUGGCAAUAAUAAAUCCUAAUCCAAGUGAGCAAACAUGGAUAAAGGUGUUGGGCCAAAGUUCCCUGCUCAGUGGAAUGGAGCUCUCUUCCCAAAGUUUUCUGUUCUGGCUGGCACAGGGAAGGAGAUAGAGGCAGGGCUGGCCAGGUGUGUUCCCUGGCCAGUGUUACCAGGUGACAUCACAAGGGGCUGGGGCAGGAGAUGCUGGGGUGACAGGAUGGAACACGGGACUGAACACAGGGCACUGCUCGUGUUUUUUCUACGGAGAUUGCUGCGGGUUUAGAGUUCUCUGCCCUGCCUCAGAAUACAACAUCAGCCUCUAAACAAGAACAGCAACAUUGGUGAGCAGGUGUGGGUGGUGUAGAGUCUGUGUUCAGCAUCUCAACUCUCUGAUUGGGGAUGGGGACACUUUGGCCCAGGACAGACUUAUGCAGCCAGAAAACAAAAGUACUAAAAUUUUCCUAGCAUGAAUUAAGUAACAUUUUAUAGCAAAAAUCUGAAGAACAACCUGCUUCUAGUAGCAUCUGGACUGCAACCUAUGGUUUUAGAAAACAGGUGAGUACUGUACCCAAGGAAAUGAAAUAUAAUGUAAUAUGUACUAUUAAGCAUUUUGCUCUAAAAAUGGCUAUUCACAAGUGGUGGUAGUUUUUGAGUAAUUGUGUAUGGAGUAAAAGAGUGAAUAGAAUUUUAGGAAUAAGUCUUAAAACCUCAGAUGUUUAAGUAACACCUCAUAAUGGCUUAGUGGGGAAGAUGAAGAGUCUUUGCCACUAUAAACCUGGUGAAAAUAAAUGUGAAUGUAAUUUUUAAAGAAGAAACCGUAGCAUUUUAGAUUCCCACUGGUGUGGAUUUUUCUCACAGUAGGUGGAAGGAUGGCAUGGAAAUGGAAGUACUCCCCCAAGGAACAGCUGGAGGACAUGAGCAGCCUGCACCCAGGGCUCACAGGGCUGCAGAACCUGGAGAACACGUGCUACAUGAACGCGGUGCUGCAGUGCCUCUGCAGCCUCUCCCCGCUCGUGCAGUAUUUCCUCUCAGGGAAGUGGAACCCAGCCCUGCACCAGGAGAUCGGAGAGUCUGCGACUGCCUUUGGCUGUCUGGUGUCUGACAUGUGGCUUGGAGAGUUUGACUUUGUUUCCCCUGAGGCUUUUCACUCUGUCUUUGGGAAGCGGCACCCAGCUUUUAGCAGCAAGACUCAGCAUGAUGCUCAGGAGUUCCUCAUCUGUGUGCUGGAUGACCUCCAUGAGGCUUUCAAGCAGCCAAGCCAAGAAAGAUGGAGCUCUGCUGCAGGAGCAAGCACAAGGAAUAGCAGUGGCACAUCUAUUAUAACACACUUAUUUGAGGGACAGCUCAGUUAUGCCAUCAGGUGUCUGACAUGCAAAGCCCUCAGUGACAAACCCGAGAGCUUCACCGUCCUCUCCCUGCCCAUCCCUUCCACCAGAGUGUGCUCUCUGCAGGACUGCCUGGAAUGCUUUUUUCAGCCAGACACACUGACUCGGAACAACCAAAUCUACUGCCACUGGUGUGGAAGCAACCAAGAUGCAACAGUAACAGCCUCCAUAACCAAGGCACCACAGAUCAUCAUUUUUCAUCUAAAGAGGUUUGCCUGGCAGGACAAGAACAGAAGGAAACUCUCAACCACUGUCUGCUAUCCGUUCAGUGAUCUGGAUCUCUCUCCCUACAUCUCCACAUCGUGUAACAACAAUACAGAGUACAGCUUGUGUGCUGUAGUGGUAAGCUUUGCCUUCCUGCUUUUAUUGGGAAUGCCCUGGCUCAUGGAGCAGAUGAAGCCUGUGUUGGUUUGGACUGAAUGUAUAAUGAAUUAUAAUUUAAUGUAUGUUUUGUUGUACGCUUUUUUCACCAGCCGUGGACAUAAUUCAGUAACAGUACGUAACUGAAGGACAGAGACAUUAUUUCUCCUUCUUCCCCAACAUCCCAGUUUUAAAAGAAUGCUCUCCUGGCACAUAAUGCCUCUUCAGAGUAAACUUGCAGGCUGAUCCAGCAUGAAUCCUCGUUUUAAAUAAGGCCAUAGCUCACAACAAUGGGGUCCUCUUAUAGUGUCCUGUAUUAGGGCUAAUAGUUGGAUUGCAAAUAUAACUGCAAAAUAAAUAAGCAUGAUCAUCAUCCAUUAACUCUGGUUGAAAGAAUUUAUUUGAAUUAACAUUCCCUGCCCUAAGCCAAAAGGGGCUAGAACCCUCAGUGCCAUCUUUUCCAAGUGCAUACACGAAACCAUUGCCAGUUCCUAGCUUUGCCUGUAAGGAGACAGAACAGGAGUCUGGUUUUAACAGACUGUGUUGUUUGUUACAGAACCAUGCUGGAGAUCUGGAUUAUGGCCACUACACGGCCUUCUGCAAGCACUCAAUCACCCAGCACUGGUACAGCUUUGAUGAUGCCCAGGUCACCAAGAUCCCAGACUCUGCAGUGCAGGCUGACACAGCUUACCUCCUCUUCUACAUCUCCCAAGGCUACUGACACCCUGUUAGUCUUGAAAAGGAACACUAGGUAGGGCAGCACCUAGAAUUCACCAGCAGCAUUAGCCAACUCCUGUUUCAUCAAUAAACUAGAGCAUGUGCACCACUGAUCAGCUGUUGUGGUCUUUCAGGAAGUGACUCCUAGAAAGGACAGUUACAGCCCUAAGCCAUGACGGAAUGUGCAUCUGCUCCAUGUGCACAAGGGCCAGGGCUGUUUUCCAUGACACCCUUCUUGCACCCCUCAAAACAACAUGGAUGUUGAGCACACAGAUGCACUUACCUGGAAAUUCUUCUUUUUCUGCUGGUUAAGUAUAGUAGGUUGUUCUAAGCUGCCUUUCAGGAACUAACAGAAGGAUACCAAAGUGAAAGCACACAACCAGACCAGACUGUGCUACAGAAGAGAGGAUGGAGUGACCAUUAAUACAGAAGAAAGAAAAAGGCAUUGCUCUACUGAUGUAAUUUUUGUUUCUCCAGCACUUCAAACUUGUUUGCAAGUUGCAAGCUUCUGGAAAACAAUCAAUAUUGGCCUUAAUUCCACCAGCAAGACAGACACAGACAGACAGGUAAAAGCUCAGAAUGUAAGACUUUUGAAUGCCAACCUUAUCAGAAAAGGAAAACUAACCCUAAUCCAUAGCAGAGAAAUAUGUAAGAUGCAACUAAAAGAAGUUUUUAAACUAAUCAGCUCUAUGCAAAACAGUAUUUUUAUCUGGAGAACCUUUAAACUGUGUGAGUGUGAGUCAGAUUGUUAUUAUGUACAAUCUUGAUCAUUACAUAACAGCUGAGAAUGAAAAACCAAACCCAAACAUACAUUUAACAGGAUAUAUUUUUAAAUAAUUUCUUCAUUAAGGUUUUUAAUGCAUGUGUACAUGAAAAUUUAUAUUAAAAAAUUAAAAAGGAAAAUCUUGUUUAGAAUAACUCUGAAGUGCACAAAUAUUGACAAAAGCUAACAGAAAAAA